AUGGUUCCGAAAAUUAAUAAUAAAAAUAAAUCCAAUGUUGGUCAAGUCCAACAAAAAUCGGAAAUUAAUCGUAAAAUAAUGGUUCUUGUUCGUGAUGGAACAUCACAAAUCAUGUCGAUUGUCGAUUACAAAAAUGUUUCUCUCGUAAACAAAUCUGCAAAACUUGAAGUUGGUACUGCAAUUACUUGGCAAAAUAGUUCGAAAGAGCGUUUUCGUGGUGUUGUCUUAGCUGUCGGUACCGAAUCUGAAUGUUCGAGUGCAAUGUCUAUCAUCGAAAAAAACAUUACAAAUCAAACAAUUGAAGCAAAUAAAUCUCAACGAAUUCCAUUACAAUCGUCAAUUACUAUUGAAGAAAACAUUGAUGAACAAAAUUCCAUUGACAAGAAACUUGAUGGUGUUAGUGGCCAAUCACUUGAUACUGAUGAUGAAGAAGAACAAGAACGUGAUACAUCAUCAUUUACCACAAACGAUGAAUCACUUGUCAAAUCUAAUUCUUCUGGUAAACGAACUCUUGCACAAAUUGAUUUAAAUUCAAAUGUUAAUCAGAAGAUUAAAAAACCACGUGGUGGAGUAUCAGUUCCAUUUUCCGUAUAUAGUUCGAAGGAGAAAGAAUGCCUUCUAUUACAAGAACGGAUCAAUGUUUAUGAACAAAUAUGGAUGCCACGUCCAUCCAAUCCAUCUGUUAUUCAAUAUUUUAUUGAAAUAGCGAAUAUUUUAGCUGGUAAUUCCAAUGAUGGUGAACAAGAAGAUAAAGAUGAAAUGUUAGAAAAAAUCAAAUUAGAUUUAAAUAUGACCGAAAAUCAACUUAUUAUGUGUCAUGGACCACAUUAUACUAAUACUUCUUCUCAUAUUGAAGAAAACGAAGCAUUAGCUGAUGAAAUUCAAAUGAUAGAAACACAUGAUGUUGAAAUGACGAAUGCGGAAGAAAUAACGAACAAUGAUAAAGUUGAUGUGAAAAGCGAAUCAUCAACUGAUGAUGAAAAUGAAUUAGAUGCAGAAGAUUUUAUGGUUGUCGAUGAAAUGAACACAGAUGAAAGCAUUGCAAAUCGUUUGAGUAGUUUUCAACUCUCUACAGAUGAUGCAGUUGGAAAUAAAAAACCAGUUACUAUGAAAGAUAUUGCUUGUUUAUUAAUUCUUUUCAAAUAUCGUCAUCGACUUUCCAUCCAAUGUAUCUCAGAUUUACUCAAGUUAUUAUUAUUAUUUGGAGUCGAUCAAGCACCUCGUUCUUGGUAUCAACUAAAAAGUUUGCUAAUGAUAAAUGAUCCAACCCUCUCGUAUAUUUUUCCUUGCUCACAAUGUUCUGGUCCAUCUACAGAUUCCAAAAAAUGUUCAUGCUGUGGUUAUCAAUUCUCUUCAACCAGUUGUCAUGAUAGCUUCAUCAUUUCGCCAAUAAAGGAUCAGUUGGACAUUAUACUCAGAAACAAUGCCGAUAUUGACUUCUUUUCGCCAUUCACAAACAAUACACUUCGUGAUAUAAAAGAUGGCAACGUUUAUCAACAGAUAAAAACAGUUUGUACAGAUCCAUUUCUAACAUUAACAAUGAAUAUCGAUGGAGUGGAAGUACGAAAAGGUUUAAAAAGAUCAAUCUGGCCAAUCCUUUUUGUUGUGAACGAACUUCCAUUAAAACAACGUUAUGCUCUUGAAAAUGUCAUUAUUGCUGGUAUUUGGUCAGGAUUGAAAAAACCUUCUCGUCUUCAAAUGAAAUCUAUCAUUACGCCAAUUGUAGAAGAAUUAUUACUUUUUGAGCAAGGAUAUGCUUUUACGGAUUAUACAAAAGAAUCAUUAAAUCAGGAAAAUGUUAUAAAAGUAUUUCUUACCAGUGCCUGUUGCGAUAAGCCUGCACAGGCACUGGUACAGAACUUACCAGAGCCGACAGGGGCAUUUGGCUGUGGGCGGUGCGAACUUGAAGGUGAGAUUUUAAAAUUAUAUCAUCUACUUGACAACUUCUUAUACAAAAAAUAUCCGUAUAUGACAGCUUAUAAAGUAGUUCUAAUGGAAUUAUUUUAA